UGAGGAUAGUCAUUCGGUGACUGGAAAGUAGAUCUUGUUCAGCACUCAAAGUCUAUCAAAUACUAUAUGAUCAUGCUACUACUGGCAUAUUUCCUAAUACUAAAAGCGACGUUCGCAGCCGGUGAUUGCCCAGAAAAUUUUUACUGGGAUGGAAAAAAAUGCAGUGCAUGCUCAGGCUGUCCACGUGGGUCUGGUUUGAAAGAAGCAUGCACGAAAACUCAGAACACGGAAUGUCAGCCUUGCAUUCGUGGCUAUGAUUACUCGAACAGCACAGGGAUGGAGGAGUGUAUAAAGUGUGAUACGUUCUCCAAUUGUCUACCUGGACGAUCAAAAAAGAUACAAGAAUGUACGCUCUUUUCUGGACCCAUCUGUGACGGAUGCGAAAGAGACUACUACCAUAACCCAGUCGUCGGCUGUGAUAAGUGUUCACCCAGAUGUGAUGGUAUAACUGAGGACGAAAUAAAGGCAUGCACAACUAUGCAUGACCGCGUUUGUGCACCAAAACGAGUGCGGCCCAAAACUUCUUUCUUCAGAAAUGUGUCAAAAGAUGGAAGUCAACCUAAUAGCCCUACCAAAGAGGAGGGUGGCGAGAUACCACUAGUUGGUCCUGAGCCGGUAGCAUCUAAAACAACUCAGCCACGAGAGGGAAAUCUGAUCGUAGCAAAUCCGUGGUUUUGGGUGCCCAUCGCGAUUGUACUAUUAGUGGCCACAGUCUCGAUAGGGUUUUAUAAAAGAAGAGCUCGAGUAAACCGUCGAACUCGACAAGAGGGCGAUGUCAAUACACAUAACACAGUGGUAAACAUCGCUUUACAGGAUCAAACGAUUCCGUUGAUGCCUGAAAGUGGUGUGGAAACUUCCUCUUUAGAUGAGCAAAGAGUUCCUUCAAGGCCCACUGAUGAGUUAGAGACAAAUCCAGGAGAGGUGGAUUUGGAUGCUCCAAAACCUUCUUCAGAGGAACUCAACAGACAAACAGGGUUGGAUCGUCCAAUUAAAGGUUUAAGAAUUACAGAAAAAAGGCAGAUAAUGACUGACCUGGGCGGCAGAGAUACAGGAGGUUAUUUUUACUGGCAAAUGGUUGCAGAAGAACUUGGUUUCCAAGACGAAUCCAGGGGAUGGGAAGGUGCACCAAAUCCAAUGGAAAACCUUCUUAAGGAAUAUGGCGAAAAAGAAGGAAGUACAAUCAGAGGAUUGAUAGAAGCCAUCAGAGGAGUUGGGCUGACGCAUUGUGCGAGUCAGUUGACACAAAAAUUUGACACGACUUCAAGAAAUAAUUCUGUCAGUACAACACCAGUUCAAAACGUAACAAUUGAUAAUACUGAUUCUGUUGGUAUACCUCCAGAUCCCGGUGAAGAGAAUGGUGUAACUGACCUAGUUCAUCUACUAACACCAGGUAGAGGUGAAAUAAAUGAUAGGGCUGAUUCUGUCAUUACUGAACCCGACGACACUGGAGAAGGAACUCAUACAAGUAAUAUUACUGAUACAGCUGUAUAAAAAAGCACCCCUGUAUCAAUAAGGAUUUUUUUAGAGAAUGCACAAACAUCGUCUUGUUCUCUAAAAAUUCUUUUAUCAGCCACUGAAUUCCACUUUGCCAGGUGUCUGUUCCGUAUGUAAAGUAGGUCGCGCUUUAAUUCAAAAUGCUGUAUUAACAAAUACUGAGAAUGAUUCAUGUAUCACGAAUCAACCAAAACUACAACAAAAGUACCUGGAGAAUCAUUAAGGUAUCUCUUUUAUAAUAGCAUGUUGAGUUGAAUAUUACUUGCCCCAUGAUUGGUUGUCACAGACCGCGACCGUACAGACACGUGGCUGAAGUGACAUUGUGAACUUUGUUUUGUCCGAACUGGAGUUCUCCUUUUAUUUUUUUUCCUUGAUCAUUUUGAAAUUUCCUCCUAUUGAGCGAGGAAAGGCUUUUAAAAGAGUUACACAAAAUAAGUUUACGUCCUUGACUUUAGAUAGUGUCUAACCGCAGCAUGGCUUUAU